GUAGGUUCAGCCCCCGCGAUCUCUGGAGCGGCCCGCGAGCUCACACCCGGCUUUUCUUCAGCUUCAGUCCACGCGCAGCCAUCGCCGUCAUGCUGGGCGCCGCUCUCCGCCGCUGCGCCGUAGCAGCAGCAGCCGCCCGAGCCGGCCCCCGAGGCCUCCUGUACCCUGCCCCGGCUCCCAACCCCGCCGCCGCAAUCCAGUCAGCUCUCUGGUAUUCCCAUGGGUCCCAUGAGACAGACGAGGAGUUUGAUGCUCGCUGGGUGACAUACUUCAACAAACCAGAUAUAGAUGCCUGGGAAUUGCGUAAAGGAAUGAAUACUCUUGUUGGCUACGAUCUGGUUCCAGAACCCAAAAUCAUUGAUGCUGCUUUGCGAGCAUGCAGGCGGUUAAAUGAUUUUGCUAGUGCUGUUCGUAUCCUAGAGGUUGUUAAGGACAAAGCAGGACCUCAUAAGGAAAUCUAUCCCUAUGUCAUCCAGGAACUUAGACCAACUUUAAAUGAACUGGGAAUCUCCACUCCAGAGGAACUGGGCCUUGACAAAGUGUAAAUCCCCAUGGAUGGUCUUCCCAAGGAUAUAUUCAUAUUGCUACUUGAUUAUAAACAGUUACCUGGAAAUGCUGAUGAUAACAUAUUACCUUAUUUGAACAAGUUUUCCUUUAUUGAGUACCAAACCAUGUGAUGGUAACUUGGACUUUAAUAAAAGGGAAAUGAGUUUGAACUGAAAUUAGGUAUUAUUCCAUUGUUUGCAUUGAGAAACAACAUGAAAUGCUCUGGGGGGCCUACAUGAGGGAGUGACUUCUGAGGAAAUUACUUUUAAUUUGAAGCCUAGAAGAUUGGGGAUAGAGUGUUAAUUCUUGAUCAAAAAAUAAUUUUAAUUAUUGUGUGAUGUUUGACUACUCUUGGAGUGGGAAGGUUUUUAUUUGUUUGUUUUUGUUUUUUAAUAGUUUCUAUAUGUGCAUAAGUAAUCACAUUUAAAUCUACUUUAGUUACCACAAUAUAAAGGAUUUACCAUAACUAGCUAAGAGGGGACGGUGUCAGUAUCCUGGGCUUUCAACAUGACAAGAGGAAUGCAAAAUCAAUAAAGUGGUCUGUUCUCAUGGUCAUGGGAGGGAGCUAAGGAGGCAACAUUGGUUCACAACUAUUUACAAAGGUGAAAAAAGUGUUAUGAUGGUCUUCAUGUUGUAAACGUUUGUUGAAUGCCUACCACAUACGAAAAUGCCAGACAUUGAAUGCAGAGCAGUGAACAGGAAAGACAGAACGAGAAGUGAGAGAAACCAGAUGGUAAGGAAGAAAGUUAGACAGUUGUACAGUCCCUUAGUGAGAAUUUUUUUUUUUUUUUUUUGGUAGAUGGACACAAUAUCUUUAUUUAAUUUAUUUAUUUUCACAUGGUGCUGAGGAUCGAACCCAGUGCCUCCCCUAUACUAGGUGAGUGCUUUACCACUGAGCCACAAUCCCAGCCUCCCUUAAUGAGGAUUUUGAGUAGAGUGGUAGCAGUAGAAAUUAAAAAGUUUGAAUUUCAAGAGUCACAUAAUGAGGUAUAAUUGAUACCUAGUUCAAUGAGGAGGAAUGGGAACUCUGAAGAAGGUCUUUUUUAUAUGUUUGAGUGAAGCUGUUGUCAUAGGAAAAGAGGAGUCAAUAAAAAGUGGAUCUUGUUCAGGGUGGAGAAGUUGCUGUAUUUUAUUCUGGAUCUAUUAAAUUUCAGGCAUCACUGGGCAAGAAGGCCUCAGGUUCUGAAAGAGACUAGUGAAGAAUUUAAAGUUUGAAACAACAAAGGGUGAAAUUUCCAAGGAAAAUCAUUUGGAGGCAGGCAUGAAAUAAACUGAAGGCUGACCUGAAGAAAGAAGAGAAUAACUUUUUUUUACUAUAGAAAAUUUCAAAUGUUGACAUUGAUAGAGUACUAGUAAAAAUCCCCAUGGACCCCAUUACUGUACUUAAACAGUAAACAGUCCUAGCCAUUCCUUUUUUCUCCUAUAGCCUCCUUUACCCUCAAAACAACUCCAAAUACUUGGAAUUAAAUCUCACAUGUCCUUGUUUGUUUGUUUGUUUGUUUGUUUGUUUAAAUAGAGCAACUAUAAUAAAGUCCUGUUAGCCAUUCCCCACCCCCCUUGCAAUACUGGGGAUUAAAUCCAGGGGCACUCUAUCACUGAGCUACAUCCACACCCUUUGUAUUUUGAGAAUCUUACUAAGUUCCCAGGCUGGCCUUGGUCUUAGGAUUCUCAUGCCUUAGCCUCCAAAAUUGCUAAUGUUAUAGGUAUGUACCACCAGCCUGGCUCACUUAUAUAUGUAUAUAGAAAGCUGUCUAAAAUAAUCUUGCCCCAUAUGUGUGUGUGUGUGUGUGUGUGUGUUUAUUUUUGUAACAGGGAUUGAGCCCAGGAGUGCUUAACCACUGAGCCAUAUCCCCAGCCCUCUUUAUAUUUUAUUUACAGAUAGGGUCUCACUAAGUUGCUGAUGCUGGCUUUGAACUUGAGAUCCUCUUGCCUCACCCCUGGAGCCUUUGAGAUUACAGGUGUGCACCACCGCCCCCAGUACCUUAAUAUGUUCUUGCAGGCUAUUUCAUAGCCCUGUUUUUCUCUACUUUUUUUUUUUUUCUCAAGAUUACGAUAGACUGCUUUCUAUAUUGAUAAGUGUCUCCUUUUUAAUGGGCAUGAUAUGCUAUGGUAGGGUUUUUGUAAUAACUUUGUUAGUGUGAUAUAACUUACAUUCAGUCAAGUGUGCAAAUCAUACAGUAUACUACCUGAAUUUUUACAUGGGUAUGACUGUGAAAUCCUGAAUGGAGGAUUUCUUGGGGUUUUCUUUUGGUUUUGCUUUGUGAAAGGAUCUCACUAUGUUGCUUAGGCUGUUCUCAAACUUGUGGUCUCAAGCAAUCUUCUCACCUCAGCUUCCAGAGUUGCUGGAACUCUACAGGCAUUCCCUACCAUACCUAGAUUUUCUGAAUAGAGGAUUUAAAAAAAAAAAAUUUUUUUUUUAAAUUUUAAUUUAUUCUUUGCUACUGGGAUUGCAUUCCAGGGGUACUUUACCACUGAACCACAUCCCAGCCCUUUUUAUUUUAUUUUUUUAAUUUUGAGACAGGAUUUCACUGAAUUGCUUAAGGUCUGCCUAAAUUGCUGAGACUGGCUUUGAACUUGUGAUCCUCCUGCCUCAACCUCCCAAGCCACUGGGAUUGUAUGUAUAUACACUACACCCAGCUUGAAUGAAACAGUUUUAAAAGCCAUUUUUGUGAGUAUUGCGUGACAUUAAUUUCCGGGUGCAUGCCUGUAAUCCUAGCAACUCAGGAAGCUUGAGGCAGGAGGAUCACAAGUUCAAGGCUAGCCUGGGCAACUUAGAUUUGUCUCUAUGUAUUAUUUAAAAAUAGGGCUGGAAAUGUAGAGUAGCAUGUGUGAGGGUUCAGUCUCUAACAUCACAAAACAAAUGAAAAACAUACUGUAGUUAAAGAGCAUAUAAUGGCUAACAAAUGAUAGUUUGUCUGCAGUAGUGGGGGAGGCCAAGUUACAGGCAUUGAAGGGGUGAGCUUGGACAAUGAGAGUGAUUUGAAAGGUUGAAAAAGUUAAAGAAAGCGAUGGUGUUUCUUUUACCUACUGAAGAUUUAGUGUAUAGCUGUAUAGAACUGAUAGAUGGAACAUGAUUGGUUACUGUUUCCUUUAUAUCUUUAUGUUCAGUUGGGAUUUCUAUAUUUUGUUUUGCCUGAGUCAAUCAUCUGCACUAUUAAACUGAUGGAUGUUGUGAUGUG